AUGGCGACGGAUGCGGACAGGGCGAACGGUGUCGGGGCAUUCUACGACGAGCUUGGUUGCGCGGGGGCGCAGUCGGGAACGGGCUUCGUGGGCUGCUCUCUCGGAGACGUCCCCAACUGCAGGCUAUGCGUUUUCCACCGCGCCCUCUACAGCCAGAAUAUACUCGAGGGAGAGGAGGUGCCCUUCGUGGACUGCCCUUGCUGCGUGCCGGAAGUGUACGAGGUGGGAGGGGACAUCGAUUGCGACUUCGUCGCCUCCGCACCCCCGAUCCCAGUCCCGGCGGCCACGCCGUUGCCGACCAUGGCGCCGCAGGCUGCGCCGACCAUGGUUCCCGGUGUUACCUCUGCCCCUCCGGCGGAAGACGAAGCGAGCGUGGGCGUCGCCACACUGGCGCCGGUCAUGGCCGUUACUCCAGCUCCUACCGCAGCCCCGGUGAUUGCGAUGGAACCCUGCGAGGUCGGCGUGGCAGGUGACACAACGGGUGACUCCACGUUGUGCGUCGACAUCUCAUCUCCCGUGGACUUGGCAAAUGGCAUUGGGACCUACUACGAAGCAAAUUGCGAGGGGCUCGGCUGCGACAUCGCCGGCAAUGAAGACUGCCGACAGUGCAUUUUCGACGAGACUGCUUACGCGGCGUCGGGGGGAACGGAUGCUCUGGUGGAGUGCCCCUGCUGCGUGCCAGUCUCCUACCAGCUCAGGCCGGAUAGUUCGGAAUGCACCUGGCCCGCGACACCGUCCCCCAUAAACGUGGAAGGGAGCGGCGGAUCUCGCCCGGUGAUUCCUGCUGCUGUUGCUUCCGCCGUUGGAAUCAUCGGGGGACUGCUGAGCCUCGCGCCGUUUCUUUGGACCUCGUGAGCCAAAACUGUCAGGGUUGUGCCACUGAUUAUUUGACAUUCUUCGGCGGCAGACCGUGUCAAUUCAGCGACACGGCCGUGGCUGAGGGCGGUGACUCUUGCGCGGGGAAUCACAGCAGUACCGGCUGCGUUCGGGGGGUGCUGGAAAGAACCGUCUACGUGUCGUGAUUGGUUGGCUUUUGGUUGAAGUGAAGGUCUCCGUCGGCGAAAGGUUUAAGGUUGGGCCUGACACGGUGUGCUUCUUGACCGCGUGAGUCGGGGAACGCUGGCAUUGCUGUUGAGAUUUGAAUUCGAACGUGCUGGAGGGUCGCGGUUGAACGCAGAGGAGCGUUUCGGGAAAUUAUUCCCAUGGCGAGACGGUUGGUGGGAGCACUGCUGUCU